AGACGGGAAAUGCAGUUAUAGGUAGGUUAGCUAGGCUACUGUAGAGUAAUAGUUAUUUUGGUUAUCAGGCGCAAACUCGAUUUUUUUCUAGCCUAUGGAUAAUUCUGGUUGGAAUUUUCUUGCGACUUUCUGAACAUAAUGAGUAUUCGUGUUUAAAAUAAUAAUAAUAAUAAUAUGGCAUUUUUAACGCUCAUGGCCCACGGAAGAGACAACAUGCCCAAAUUGUUUCUGUAAAGCAAACUUAGCCUACUAAAAUGGUGUGUUUCAGAGAGGAACUACAGGACACAAGUAGCCUGAAAGGCCAGUCAUAUAGCCUAUCUAUUUCAAGGUCCACAAAUGAUCAAUAAACGUUUUGAACAAGUUUAUGCUACAUCCUUAUUUCAGAGAGAUGACACCAAAACUCUGACCAAGCCUACACGAUUCCUGCGCCCUUUUCUCCUGACAUCCUCUGUCAACAGACUUCAAGAGCGUCGGAUGGAAAUACGCACAGAGUAGACUACAGGAAGGAGAACCACGUCCAGUCGAGUUUGACACAACACCUGAACUACUGCGUGCUUCAGAAACACAGCUGAUUUUGGAGUUGAUCGAAUCCUCUAUAUGCAACGCUGUCCACCAAUGAUCUGCAGAAUGAAUACAAUACUUCUGCGUAACUUUGCGAAGUUUAUUUUAUGCUGGAAUGUAAUUUACCUACACGUUUACGCACAGGUUCAUCCAGAGGUCGGCCUCACAGCACAGGAGCAGAUGUACCUGCUGUAUGAUGUCAAAGUCGCGUGUCAUCAGAACAUCUCCACACACAACCCUGCAGAUGACCUUUGUGCCCCUGGCUGGGAUGGUCUGAUCUGUUGGCCUCAGGGAUCCCCCGGAGCGCUAACCAAGAUCCCCUGCCCCAGCUACAUCUACGACUUCAACCAUCAAGGUCAUGCAUACAGGAAGUGUGAUGUCAACGGUUCCUGGGUUUCUGUGGAGGGGUUGAACCGAACAUGGUCCAAUUAUUCCGACUGCUUAAAAUUCCUUUUACCUGGUCAAGAGGAGGAAAAGCAGGACUUCUUUGACCGGCUGUACGUCAUGUACACCAUUGGAUAUGCACUGUCCUUCAUCUCUCUUCUAGGGGCCAUUGUCAUCAUAGGCUACUUCAGACGCCUCCACUGCACUAGGAACUACAUCCACUUGCACCUGUUCGUGUCCUUCAUGCUGCGUGCCGUCAGCAUCUUUGUCAAAGACAAGGUGGUCCACACCAACGGAGGUCUGCAGGAGUUUGACACAGCGCUCAUGGACAACUACAAGACCAUCUCUGCUAUGCCCCUUGACAACUCCCAGUUUGUUGGAUGCAAGAUCACUGUGUUGCUCUUCAUUUACUUCCUGGCAACCAACUACUACUGGAUCCUGGUAGAGGGGCUGUACCUCCACAGCCUCAUCUUCAUGGCCUUCUACUCGAACACCAAAUACCUGUGGGGCUUUACCCUGAUUGGAUGGGGUGUCCCUGCUCUCUUCGUCGCCGCCUGGGCUGUUGUCCGGGCAACGCUGGCAGACGCACGAUGCUGGGAGUUAAGUGCUGGUAACAUAAAAUGGAUCUAUCAAGUUCCCAUCCUUACAGCCAUUGGUCUCAACUUUAUUUUGUUUGUGAAUAUUGUGCGAGUGCUGGCCACAAAAAUCAGGGAGACAAAUGCUGGGAGAUUUGACACUCGGAAGCAAUGCAGGAAACUGGCUAAGUCCACUCUAGUGCUGGUGCUGGUGUUCGGGGUCCACUACAUAGUGUUUGUGGGCAUGCCACACUCGUUCAAAGGGGUCGGAUGGGAGGUCCGAAUGUACUGUGAGCUCUUUUUCAACUCUUUCCAGGGUUUCUUUGUGUCCAUUAUCUACUGCUACUGCAAUGGAGAGGUCCAGGCAGAGAUCAAGAAGACCUGGACCCGCUGGAACCUGGAGUUCGAUGGGAAGGGACCGGCGGCAUGCGCCAACUACCGGUACGGCCUCAACCAGACCACUACCAGUCAGCCCCAGCCGCUGGCCGUGAUCUCGGGCACCUCCUCUCUCUUCUCCAGCCACGUGUACCGCAGCAGCCAAGCCAGGCACAGCGUCAGCACCCACACCACCUUGCCCGGCUACGUGUUCAGCAACUCUGAGGUGGAAAGCCUGCCCCCAUCCAUCCUAGAGGAGCCAGACGAGAGAGCCAAGCAGGUGGACGACAUCUCCCUCCGAGAGUCCUUACCUGUGGUGAAUACCACCCGCAUAGGAGAGGACUUGGAGGAGACACUGUAGAGAGAGAGUAGUGGGAAUGUACAGCUGACAACAAUUGUGUUUUUUUUUUUUAAUUUUGAAUGACAGGACAGAGGGAAGGUAGAGCAGGAGAUACACAGGAAUUAGGGACACAAACAGAAAGUGGCUGAGACUGAACUCUGAACUCGAAUUCGCAUCGUCAAGGGAAUACAUGGUUCGGAGUUGGCAGCCUUAACACUAGACCACUAGACCAGACUCCAAUAUCUUUUUUCAUGGACUGUUAUUUGUCACUUCGAGUGGUGGCUAGACAAUCAGUCAGGUCUGUGGUUAAAUAUGGACUGGUGCUGCAGCUACAGACGAGUUUGUGUCUGUGUCAUUCGUAAUGCUGAAGACAAUUACAGUGCCUUCAGAAAGUAUUCACACCCCUUGACCUUUUCCACAUUUUGUUGUAUUACAACCGGAAUUUUAAAUGGAUUCAAUUCAGAUUGUGUCACUGAUCUACACACAA